CUCCAGCUGACUUUACCCGAGCGUUACACAUCGGAGAUCUUACGGCUCGAUAUAAUUCAUUCUUCACGAAAAAAAUUCAAAGCCUAAGAAGUUUUCACUUAAAAAAAUGAUCGAAAAGGAAUAUAAAAAAAAAAAGAAGGAAAAUAUGAUUCCGAAAGUAAAGAGUGUUCUAUCUACUUCUAAUUUCUAUGCAGUUCUAGUCAUAUGUUGCAAUUGAACAUGAUUUUUUACAACGGUGUGCUUGGUUAUGUACAUUAUUAGGCUAGACAACCUCUGCUGUUAGAUAGUGUUGCGAAUACCCAUGCUGUGGAGUGCGUCAUGUACAAUAGCGUAUCGAGCCUUUGUCUAGUCCUAUGUGUAUUUGUUUUAUCAAGAACAUCUCUUCCGCUCCCGAUAGCAGAACUAGAGAUACCAGACCAAUCUAACGAUGUGUCUAAAAUUAAUGCUCCUGGAAGUGCCCUCGAAGAGAACGACAAUGACCCUCCGGUCUAUAUCAUGGUUCCAGUGGUCGGAGACCGAUCGCGACGCGGUGCUGAUGAUAGGAAAGUUGUCAAUCUCGAUAAUGUUUCUUACGAAGUUCCUACAUUCAUCAAGUUCAAUGAAAGUGCCAAAGGUGACAUCGAGGUGAGCCUCAUUCCAAAUCCUGACAGCAACUUACCGCAAGCCGUUCCACAGAACCCUAAUGCAAAUGGAAACGGGUAUGGAAAUAAUGGAGCUCCAAAUAACAACUACUGCCCUCCUCUGAAUAAUAAUAAUAAUAAGUCGCAGCCUAUGCAACCCGUCUGCCUCACCCUAAAUAUUGACAAUAUUUUCCCGCCUGGAAAAAAGAUUUCAGUUACCAACUCUAGUGAGAUCAAAGGGACAGGAGCUGUAUUAAGAAUCAAAUUCUCGGAUGCAAAGUUUGAUGAUUGUAAAUCAACUGACCUUUUAGGAGCAGGAUUGGACCAAGCACUCAGGCAGAGGUUGGAUUCACAGAAAAAGAGGAAGUUUAAUGAGGAUGAAGAAGAUGAAGACAGUGCUACGACACAGGUCAUCGAUCAGAAGACUUUACAAGAAUUGAUAUUUAAGAUCCUAACAAGCAAUAAAAUUCCUAACAGCACAGCGCCGACAGAGGAAGUUGUAUUCCUCGAUAAGUACACAACUGAACCUAGCCUGUCAUUCCUAAUUAAUCCUUCAGUUUUACAGCAAAUAUCAGGAAAAAAAACAACAGUUGGUACAAAAAGAAUGACAACAUUAAAAAGCCAAAGCUUCAAUUCCCCCGAUUUCGACAGCCUUCUAAAAACAGUUGAACAUAUAACAUCAACGAUGCCUAAAGAAAAACUAUUAUCUCUUUUAUCUAGUUUGAUUAAUAAAGCAGCAUUGAACAAAGAAAUGUCUACUAAUCAAUAAUAAAGUUUUUAUAAUACGAA